UCUGCUCUGUCAGUAACACAUGUGUGAGGGGCAGCGGGCGCACACCCGCACGCACACACACACACACACGCUCGCACACUCACGCGCGCACACACACACACGCACGCAGCAGAGGGGCCUCCUCCCGCGUCCUGCCACCGCCUCAGGAUCCCCGGCAGCAGCUCCGCGCCCGGCCCCUCUCAAACUCGCCGCUUCUCGCCCUCUCCUCCGCGCCCGGCCCCGCUCCGCUCCGCGCCGCUCGGCGGGAGGCUCGGGAGCCACCACAGCCCAGAGAAGGGGGCGGAGGUGGUGGUUGGGGGGGGGCGGGGGGGAAGCGGUACAAAGUGAAGCCACAUUGCCAAACUUACCCGGCGAUUGCAGCAGCGAGCGGCGGCGGCGCCCUGCGUGUGCAGCUCGGCGGCGGGGACUGAGCUCUGCAGCUCCCCUCCGGGGAAGCGGGAGCUGGAGGAAGGACCCAGGCAGACGCCUCUCAUAGCAAUAUCUAUAUUUUUCCAGCCUGGGCUGCCCCUUGCCGGGCGGGGGGCUCCCUCCAGCGCUCCCGAAAGCCAGAGAGAGGGCGAGCGCUGUGUUUUUGUUUCUUUGCAAGGAGACCUCCUCAGGCACCCCGAGCGACGUUGCUCCCCGGCCUUUUUGCAAUAUAGAGGGGAAGCAGGCCAUGGUGAACCCCGGCGGCAGCUCGCAGCCGCCCCCGGUGACGGCGGGCUCCCUCUCGUGGAAGAGGUGCGCCGGCUGCGGGGGGAAGAUCGCCGACCGCUUCCUGCUCUACGCCAUGGACAGCUACUGGCACAGCCGCUGCCUCAAGUGCUCCUGCUGCCAGGCCCAGCUGGGGGACAUCGGCACCUCCUGCUACACCAAGAGCGGCAUGAUCCUCUGCAGAAACGACUACAUCAGGUUAUUUGGAAACAGCGGUGCUUGCAGUGCCUGUGGACAGUCCAUUCCUGCUAGCGAGCUGGUCAUGCGGGCGCAGGGCAAUGUAUAUCAUCUUAAGUGUUUUACAUGCUCUACCUGCCGGAAUCGCCUGGUCCCCGGAGAUCGGUUUCACUACAUCAAUGGCAGUUUAUUUUGUGAACAUGAUAGACCUACAGCUCUCAUCAAUGGCCAUUUGAAUUCACUUCAGAGUAAUCCACUACUGCCAGACCAGAAGGUCUGCUAAAAGGUCAGAGUAAUGCAGAAUGCGUGCCUUCAUCUCAAAUUUUGUUCAUCACAGAUGGAUCCCAUGUCUCCAAGUAGACAAGUCACCUUUGUAGCUAGCAUCAAUGCCAGCUCCAUGCCAUUGCACCUUCUUUAUUCUUGAUUGCCCUUCCCACAUUUAUUGGUGUAUUAAAAUGACUGAAUAUGAACAUUAAGGACUCCAUGAACCUGGGCUAAUGGGAGACUGUAGAGAAAAUGAAAAAAGAUCCACCGGAGGACAUCUUGGGGGGGGCGGGUGGGGAAGAUGACUAAUGAAGCUAAUUAAAAGAAGCAUUGAAAUCUGCUUUCUACCCUCAUUAACAAUUAGCAGGGCACUGGCCAGUUUGUACCCUGUGUUUUACCUUAACAACAUUCUAUUUGCUCUUUGUAUAUUUAAGUGUUGUAAGGAAAUGUGUUUCAAUCAAACUGAACAUGAGAUAAAGAUGUGGCUUUUGUGAUAUUCUAUCACAAACACUUUUAUUGUAUCUCUGUAAAAUACAAUGUAUGUAUGCAUGUAAGUGUUUUUGUCCUAAUGUUGCUACUUCCCAUGGCAAAAAAAAAAAAAGAAAAAAAGAAAAAAAAAAAGUCAGGCUCAUAGCAGCUACUGUGUAGAAAUUUUCACCUACUUCUAAUUUGCUGAAUGAAGAAAAAUCUUUUAUUUGUGAUAUUUUCAGAGACAUUUGCUCUAGUAUGGUGUAUUUAAAUAAUAAAAAAGUAAAACAACA